AUGAAGUGCGAUGCAAGGGUUAAAAUCGACAAAAUCCUUGAAAACAUCAACUCGAUUUAUGACCUAGACUCGGAAAAAAUUUUGGAGCUGAGAGCAACUUCAGUUGACAGGUUUUCAAUUCAGAAGUUCCCAGUUGAGUUCUGUGAUUGGGUAGCAUGGAGCGAGAAACACCAGGGCAUCCGUGGGGUCGAGUACAAUGCACAGAACUCAUGUAUUCGAAUUAAAGCUACCAAUAACCCAUUACACGGAGCCGCAACAGGAGUCAUCAGGGAAUGGCUGCACGGUAUUAGAGACAGUCUCAGCAGAGCAACUGGUAAUGAAUUUGACUGUAUUGGGACCACAGGUUCUUACCUUGGUGGUGAAUUCGAUGGUAGCGAGAAAGCUCCCGAUGAGGGCCUUUGUCAAGGAGCACAACAGUUCCCACUAAUUGCUGUGGAAGUGGCAGUCUCCAAAAGAACCACAAAGGUGUUUGAUGACGUGAAACAAUGGCUCCAGGGCUCUGAAGGAUGUACUAAGCUAGUGAUUGUGGUGGAUAUCAUUGAAAAGUCAGGAAACUGCACUGAGACAACUGACUGGGGCCUCUCAAAGGAUGAACUUGGCCAGCUUGAUGUGCCCGAUCUCGCCGAACAUAUCCUACAAUGGCAAAAAGAUAACAAUGUUGCGCUGAUUGGGAGGUUUGAAGCAUUUUUUUACCUCUGCUUCUAUAACCAGAAGCCACAGAAAGUGUGGAAAUGCGAUUUCUCCCUGGAUAGACUGAAGCCAGAAUGUUUAAUGUUGGAAAAGGAGCUAGGACACGUCAUGGCAAAUGACCUUGUGCCGGGGCUGGAUGGACUAUGUUUCCCAUUACCAUUCCAGGAAUUAUCAACCAAAAUGCGGAGGUCCCUCAGCAGGUUCGAGUUCAAAAGAGCAUCUAUUAAAACGAAGGAGAAAUGGAAGGAGAUGAAGAAGAUUUCUGACCAAGAACGAAUUACCACCUGA